AUGACUCGCUCAUCAGCCAAUUGGGUUACGCCUGCCAGGAUGGCGAGUCUCUUGAUGAUUCCCUUUCUACCAGCUCAGGCAUCAGUGGGGGACCCCGGUCUUCUUCCUUCGCCUCCAAUGGGCUUCAACAACUGGGCACGAUUCGAAUGUGAUCUCAACGAGACUCUAUUUACCGAAACGGCCCAGUCAAUGGUUAGCCGUGGUCUACUCGAUGCAGGAUACAAUCGUCUCGAUCUCGAUGACUGCUGGAUGCAAACUGAGCGUUCAUCCAAUGGCUCAUUGCAAUGGAAUACCACUCUAUUUCCUCAUGGUAUUCCCUGGCUAGCAAACUAUGCCCGCGAACAUGGAUUUCACCUUGGAAUCUAUGAAGAUGCGGGAAACGCAACUUGUGGUGGAUAUCCUGGCUCGCUGAAUCAUGAACAGCAAGAUGCCGACACAUUUGCUAGUUGGGGAAUUGACUAUCUCAAGCUUGAUGGAUGUAACAUCUAUGCUGAGAAUGGUCAGCCUCUACGGGAUGAGUAUAAAGAUUUGUACACUCAGUGGCAUAAGGUUUUAAGUGGGAUGUCACAGCCACUUAUUUUCUCUGAGUCUGCACCAGCAUACUUUUGUACUAAUGAGACAGACUGGAUGCGAGUUAUGGAUUGGGUCCCGGAGAAUGGGGAGCUAGCACGCCACUCGGAUGAUGUCCUUGUUUAUAGCGGCGAGGGUAGUGCUUGGGAGAGCAUUAUGACAAAUUACAAUUACCAGGUUCAGGUUGCGCGAUACCAGCAACCGGGAUACUAUAAUGAUCCUGACUUUCUGAUUCCCGACCACCCAGGCCUGACGGAUGAUGAGAAGAAAUCCCAUUUCGCGCUGUGGGCAUCAUUCGGUGCACCACUGAUUAUCAGUGCAUAUAUCCCCGAUCUACCGGAAGAAGUUAUUACCUUCCUCAAAAACAAGGAUUUUAUCGAUGUCGACCAAGAUCCACUAGCUCAGCAAGCUGCCCUCGUUACCCGGGAUGCUGAUUUUGAUGUCCUGACUCGUUCCCUCGCAAAUGGAGAUCGACUCCUAACCGUGCUAAACCGUGGAAACAACACCUCUAAAACAACAAUCCCAAUUUCCCAACUUGGUCUUGAUUCAACCUGCAAGUACCGCGCCCACAACUUGUGGACAGGUGCCGUGGAAACCAUCAAAGAAUCUGUAGAGAUUACCCUCAACACCCACGCUACUAGCGUCUACCGAAUUACACCCCCACGUGGAUGUACAAAGACCACAUCAACCGGUAUGAUCUUCAACACGGCUUCGAGUCGCUGCUUAACCGCUUCAUCGGACAAGGUCACCUUCAGCACUUGUGAUGCAAAGAACUCUCAAGUCUGGUCUGUCUCUGGAUCAGGCAGCAAAUUUACCUUGAGCCCGCUGUCGGAUUCUUCGAAGUGUCUUGCUGCUUCUAAGGAUGGAUCUGCGUCGCUUGUUGCUUGUAAGGGUGGUUCUGGGACUAGCUGGUCUCAUUUUAUGACGGGUCAUCUGAAGAGUGGCAAUGGUGAUUGCUUGGCUGAUUCUAAUGGGGUAAGCCUUGAGAGUUGUGAUCAGAGUGUUGGUGGGCAGAUUAUGGGAUUGCCUAGUGGUGUUAAGUUGGCUUCUGGACUUUUCUAG